AUGGAAAACCGCGGUUACUACAUCGAGAAGGCUCUUCAAGGCGCGCAGUCAAUCCUAGACAUCAACCACGACACCAUCAGAGAACUGCAGGGUCUUACUGGCAGUAUGAUAGGGAUUAAACGACACAUUUCAACAGUCUGUGAAAUGCGGGUGUGGGUAAAGAAGUACGGGUUGCUGCCUGGUCUUCAGUAUGAUGCAAAGGAUGGCUAUAUGAGCAUCAAGCCGAAUCCAGAUCCCAUACACAAGGCUGCACGCGGCGUGAUGUUGACAUUUCUUGAUGAAAUAGUUCAAAAAUCUGUCCUGGCGUACCCGAAGAGAGAGUACUCUGUUACCUUCAACCAGCCAUACUUCCUAAAAGGCGAAUUUGAAGGCCACAUCCAGACUUCUGACGGUCAGAUCAACGAAGAUGACACUGACUUCCCGCGAGUGGUUGUGUUGAUCGGGAACCUAGAAGAACUCAACCGUGGUGCAAACAAAUGGCUUUACGGGACCAAGCGCAAGACUAGACUCGUCAUCUGUGUGGAAAUCUUCGAGAGGCCGCCCCCGAGCGAAUUCCCAUGGGGGUUGUCAACCGAACAGCUACUCAAAAUCCCACGAGAUGGGUUGAGUAACCAUAUCCUGAAUUGGCACAGUCAUCACGGCUCCUCGAUUAGAGGCGCCAUCGCGGCGAACCUUUUCGUUUGCGAUAGAGAUGAUGAUCAGACUGAACCGGUUUGGCAGUCCAAUUUUGGUGGUAAAGAUCGUGCCUUUAAGGACUCUUUUGGCGACACUGUUCCCCCUGGAGUUGAAUCAUAUCGCAACACAGCGCACCUCAAUCUGCAGUUAACAGACGGAAUCGAAGUUGACUUACCGGUGCAUGCACUAGAAGACAGUAUUUAUAGAGCACUUGACGAUUUUGCUGUUGAGAGGGCGAUGAUACAGGCGGAUGAAGCGCUAGACUUGACGAAGACAAGGGACGGUAGUACAGAAACUCGCAAAGGAAAACCAAAGGUUUGA